CCCCAACUCCCUCUGCCCGAGGGCUUGCGCUCUUUCUUUCUCUGACGAUUGUUAUCAUGUUCCUCCUUGCUUGUGUAUGACUGAGCCAUCUGCUCUCUCAAGAUGGCGUACUUCCUGCCAUCGUUCUUUCAGAAGCGACUGCUUAAAUAUGCCUUAUCUCGUCUGGGCCUCGUCGAUACGGAGGCACUGGAUCCGGACAGCUUGGGAAUCCGUUUCGGACAGAGAAGCACGGUGGAGUUGCGAGAUAUCGGCCUGAAGCUGGAGAAACUAGCGACUCUCCUUCAUCUCCAUCCAACGUGCGAGCUUAUCGCUGCGCGAAUACAGUUUCUUCGAAUCACCGUUCCCGCCGACAUAUACAGUAGCGGCAUCAUCUGCGAAGCCAGCGGUAUCCACGUGCAUCUUCGAUUGCUAUCGGAAGAACCAGCCAAAGGAAAACAUGCAAGGCCAAAAUCCCGUCCCAGCACCGUGUCGGGCGCUUCGGGCCCCGAUGUUCAGGUCCUACCCACGCCGUCCAACCUCGCCGAGUCGUUCUUAGAGACCGAGCCUCAGGAGGAGAAAGAGGAACUACAAGCCGCCAUCUCGUCGCAAUCUCAUAUUCUACAAAAGUCGUCUUCAUUCGCCGAUGAAGAGGACGAAGAGCUGGGGCUGGGAAGUGAUAGUCUUUCGUUGCCGAGUUUUGUUGCGGCCUUCCUGAAAGGCGUGGCGGAUCGGCUCCAACUCAAGAUCAGAGACGUCAUCAUGCGGUUGGAUAUGGAGCUGAAACAAGAUGGCCCAUCCAAGAGACAGCCCGAAGAUAAGCCGGAUCUUGUCGCGGGCUUGUUGAGCGUACGCGAGAUCGAUGUUCAUGGGGUAUCAGAGUUCACUGCUGGUCCAGGUGAAGCAACACCUUUCCGAGAGGGCAAGAGGAUGGUCUCUAUCGAUGGUAUCAAUUUUGGUCUCGUAUCGGACCCGGUUGUAUUCUCGAACUAUUCGCGGUUCACCUCUCCUGCGUCUCCGACAACCACGAUGCGGUCGAAGGGAAGCCAUCCAUCAAGCAGAGCACCCUCACCUCAUCCGUUGGAUUCAUCUGGCUCUAACCAUGGCCUUGCUAUGACGCAGUCCACUAUUUUCGGGCCAUCUAUCCAGUUUGGCCAUGAAAGUGUCAGCGAUCACGGGAUGGAGGAAUCUACAAUCUCUCACGGUGGUCGGUUUUCCGACGCGGACUCCGAACCGGAGAGUACGCGCCAUCGCUACCUCGAAGACUCCCAGGUAUUUGGGGACGAUCCAUUCCAAGACAAUCCAGGAUAUUUAGAUUCGGUGAUCGAUACACAAUUUGACGACUUUGACGAUGAACAACCCGCAUCAAUGCAAUCACAAAGACACCCUAUGGCAGAAAGUGACGAUAGGGUUUCCCACCAGGACCUCUCGUUGCGGUCCAGUGGAAUAGUGGCGGAGUGUGAGGAUCCUGAACCUGACGAAGGAGGAUCGAUGCCACUUGAGAGCACACACGGGUUGCAGACUAAUGAAUCACAGCGUGAAAACCAGGUGGACCCUGAGGCGAAUGUUUCUGCACGUUCUGCUCAAUAUUCCAGUCACCUUGAGGAUCCUUUUAUACCGCAAAUGGGUGCUUCGCAGCAUCUAUCACAGGCGUUUGCACCGCCCUCCGAAUCUGGCAGCGCAAAUUCAGGAUCUGCAACUCCCGAUGCAGAACUCAUGGAGUCAAAGUACUUUUCGCAUGACGAAGCUCAGAGCUUGUACAUGAGUGCUAUCAGUCAAGGAAACGGCGGAAGCUUCAUUCCGAACAUGCCUGGAGCUUGGGACACUUUUGCCCCUAGCAAAUCGUCAGCAAGCGCUGCCGAAAAUCUAACAGAAAGGCCCGAUCCGACCGAAGACGCUCAGCCGGAUAAAGAAAGUUUUAGUGAAGCUUCUGCUUCCACUCCGAAGUUGGCUGGCCAAUCUGAUUCUUAUUUCGGCGACCACCAGUCUCUAAAAAGUAGUCAAGCUCAGUCCCAGUCUGCAUCCACUGACAAAGCUUCUACUCCACCAUCACCUACUCUGCACAGAAUGAGUGAGAUGCGAAAACCUAUGCUCAGCAUUGACAAGGUUCUCGUUUGGUUGCCAUCUACUCCCGAGGAGACCAUCACCUCCGAGCACGCAUCACCGAAAAUGAACAAAGCAGACAGUAAUCUGAAAGAGUCAGAGCCUGGGCUGAACGAAUCCAUAGUCGACGAGAGCAUGUUUGCUUCCAAGGCCUACGCUUCUACUAAGUUCCCAAGAGGCACAAGCGAGCCCCACGAUUUAACCGAAGCGGAUCGAACGGAGAAACAGCAGCAUACAACUGGUAGCAAACCGCAGGAGCUUGAAGUGGAGGUUUCCACGGUCGCGAUCCACUUUGACAUUGCGACUGGCUGGCUUCUGACUAAAGCAUGUCAGAGGCUGAUGCAGGUGGUUCCUCAAGAAGGUCAAUACAAGAAGCAGCCUCCCCCAGAUCAACCAGCUCGUCAAACAUCCUUGCAUCUCGUCAUUCACCAGCUUUCAGUCAAGUUCAUUGAGCACGUGGCAGGAAGUGCCCAUUCUCCUGGAAAUGACGGUAUUCCUCCGGCUCCGCCAUAUUAUUCCAUGGAGGACAUUGUUCUUCAGAUUGCAGCGUCGGGUUUGAAAGCCCGGGUUCUGGCAGAUAAAAAGCGGAACAAUCUGAAUCUUGAUAUCUCCAAGUUUAAGGUUGGGCUUGCCUCUGACGACCUGAUCUCGUUCAACGAGUCCUUGAAGAUGCGCGAAUCUACCCGGGACAUUAUGACUUCUACUCCACUUGACAUCUCUUUGUCAUUGAGCAAGUCGUCCGAUUCUGCUAAGCUUGAAAUAUCUACAUUACCUCUUCACCUCAACCUUAACAUUCAGCAACUGGACGAGGUUCUGGGAUGGAUGGGUGGUCUGAGUACCAUUUUGGAGCUGGGAACCUCUAUUUCCUCUGCAGCUACCAUGAAAGGGGGACCGAAACCUCCAAAGAAACGCCCUCGUGGUGUUCAUUUUGAGACACCGAACCCAGCACCUGACAAAGGCAACACAAUCUCUACUCCUUGGAAGGCGAAUGCUCGAGUUGGUGGUAUUGUGCUGGAUGUCGUCGGCGAAACUCACUAUCUCAAACUCAGCACAAGCGCGGUCAAAGUUGUCAGCAGAUAUGAGGGCAUUGGUGUCCAAAUUGACAAAGCGGAAUUGGCAGGUCCACUACCGCUCGAUGACAUUAAUGACGCGCCUGCCAAGGUUGCUUUGGAUAACAUCAGAGUCGAGUUACUAUCUGUGCCGAAGGAGAACGAUAUCGAUCGGCUUCUGGCCUUGAUCACACCGUCAAAGGACAAGUAUGAUGACGAUGACGAUAUCAUGCUUGAUACGCUCAUACGACAGCGAAGACAAGGCUCUGUUCUUCGAACAAAGGUAGAAGUCAUGGAGAUAUUCGUUUCAAACCCCAGUGGCCUGACUCCCCUUUCGUCGCUUGCUGUUGAAAUGAGCCGCCUGUCCAAUGUCACGAAGUAUCUUCCCGAAGACGACCGCCCUGGCAUUCUUACUUUGACAAAGAUUUGCGAGCUUGAUGUCAAAGUUCAAAUUGGUGGAGAGGUUGGAAACUUGAACGCCCGUCUGAUGGAUUUGGAAGCUGCCUGGAUUAGCAUGCCCUCCUUAAUUGCGACUAAAAUCGAAAGCAUGACCGUCAUUCGAAAGACCAAGCACAGCAAUGAGGAACUCGUUGGUGAAGCUAUACGCCCCAACGCCCAGAAAACACAACAACCAAUGUUCAUGGCUCGAUUCAUUCCCGAUGAAUUGGAUCCCACUUUUAAGAUAAAGUUACAUCGGCUUCGUGUCGAGCAUACGAUUGCCUCGACCAUGGCCUUCCUCGGUCUAGGCCGAAAUACAACAGGCGGAGAACUGGCUGGUGAGAUGGCAAGUUCCAUUGCCAAUCUCGCAGAACACUCAGGUCGAGCAACAGAUCCAUUGGCCUUUGCUGCAUCAGCAUCCGACACCUCCGGGGCCUCCACAAAACCCACAAGGCUGGCAGUUGUGCUAAAGGAUUGCGUUCUUGGACUCAACCCUCGCAAUUCUCCAUCAAAGGGCCUUGUAGUGCUGACGAAUGCUAAGUUCGGUGGUAUAUUGAAUGGAGAGGAAUCCUCGAAGGCCACACUGGACAUCCGAAAAUCUUCGAUCAUGAUCAUCGACGACGUGGCCAACGAUGGCUGUACCGGCAACCUUCAUCAGCGAACAUCAGCUGUUGUCCAGAGUAACCAAGUCCAGGAAUACAUCGACAAGGGCUAUGUGCCGGUCUCUACAAUCUCAUCUGCGACGGCUGUCGUCACAAUGAUGAAGCUGGCCGAGGACGGAACGAAGUCGUUGGAUGUUGAGCUUCGACCUGAUUUGGUGAUUCUCGAAACUUGCGCGGACUCCACGCAGACCCUUAUCAGUAUUUUGAAUGGACUUCAACCUCCCACGCCACCCAGCGUCGCUGUGAAGUAUCGAACAGAGGUCAUGCCCCUUCAGGACAUGCUCGCCUCCUUUUCGGGGGAUGCAUUUCCAGCUGACCCCAGCUUACCUCCUGACUUUGAAAGCGAGCUAGAGCCUGUGGUCGAGGAACAGUCCUCAGAAGAUCAAUUGAGUGACGAACUUGAAUAUGUCAGCGAUUUCGAUCCUGGAAGUCAGGGUAUUGAGACUAUGAGAUCGAGCGGGGGCAAUGAUCUUCUUGACAGCUUCCAUUCACAGUACCAGGUUUCAUCUAGCAUCGCGGAGCUAGACUUCCAAGAGGACCACUUCGCCAAACAAUCUGCAGUUGGAGGUACUGCACACCGAUGGGACUCCACCCACAACACCUAUGGUCUUUCCAAUGACGCGAAGCUCCAGCGGAGCCCACUUCGAGUCAGAGUUCGAGAAAUGCACUUCAUCUGGAAUCUCUUUGACGGGUAUGACUGGCAGCGUACCCGAGACGCCAUCUCAAAGGCUGUCAAGGAUGUUGAGGCCAAGGCCACCGAGCGACGCGCCCGAGCCUCGCGCAUGGCACCUUCCACCGAAGAUGAAGAGGAGUCGGUCAUUGGCGAUUUUCUGUUCAACUCCAUUUACAUUGGCAUUCCCGCAAAUAAGGAUCCGCGUGAGCUCCAUCGCGAGAUCAAUCGUGACAUCGACGAUCUCACCAGCGAGACUGGAAGCUAUGCGACAUCGACCACGGUCACCGGUGCCACCAGUCGACAAGGACGACCUACGUCCACAAGGGAGAAGAAACUGCGACUGCACCGGAGCAAGCAUCACAAGAUGACCUUUGAGCUCAGGAGCGUCUGUGCCGACUUGGUUGUCUUCCCGCCCGGAUCAGAGGAGACACAGAGCUCCGUAGAUGUGCGGGUUAAGGACCUUGAGAUCUACGACCAUGUGCCUACUUCGACAUGGAAGAAGUUUGCUACCUACAUGCAUGAAGCGGGAGAGCGGGAGAGCGGGACCAGCAUGGUCCAUAUUGAGCUUCUCACCGUGAAGCCUGUGCCUGAGCUCGCUGCAUCAGAGAUUGUUCUCAAAGCCACUGUUUUGCCCCUCCGGCUACAUGUUGAUCAAGAUGCUCUGGAUUUCAUGAGCCGAUUCUUCGAGUUCAGAGAUGAAUCUGUUGAAGAGUCUACUACGCCGGGCGACGUCCCAUUCCUGCAGCGAGUCGAAGUCAACGCCGUGCAAGUUAGACUGGACUUCAAGCCGAAGAGAGUUGACUACGCCGGUCUCCGAUCCGGUCGCACGACGGAGUUUGUGAAUUUCUUCGUGCUGGACGGCGCCGAUAUGGUCCUGCGACACGUUAUCAUCUACGGAGUCUCUGGGUUUGAUCGGCUCGGCAACACGCUCAACGACAUAUGGAUGCCCGAUGUCAAGCGAAACCAGCUCCCCGGUGUCCUCGCGGGAUUGGCACCUAUCCGGUCCCUGGUGAACGUGGGUGGAGGUGUGAGGGACCUCGUCCUUAUUCCGAUGCGCGAAUACAAGAAAGACGGACGAAUCGUGCGCAGCAUCCAGAAAGGAGCCAUGGCAUUCGGCAAGACUACAUCCAAUGAGUUCGUGAAGCUGGGCGCCAAGCUCGCCAUCGGUACCCAAACGGUCCUGCAGGGAAUGGAGGACUUGCUGACGUCGCCCAACGCUUCCUCGGCGGCCUCGGAGGAGAACCGGGAUGAUGAGGAAGAGGCAAAGAGGAUCUCCCUCUAUGCCGACCAGCCAAUGGGGGUGGUCGCGGGUAUUCGAGGCGCAUACAGCAGUCUCGAACGCGAUCUCCUCCUUGCACGAGACGCAAUUGUGGCGGUGCCUGGGGAAAUCGUCGAGAGCGGAAGCGCCAAAGCAGCGGCCAAAGCCGUGUGGAAACGUGCGCCGACCGUCGUCCUUCGACCAGCGAUCGGCGUUUCCAAGGCUGUGGGACAGACCUUGCUGGGCGCCGGCAAUACAUUGGACCCGACCAAUCGGCGUAAAAUGGAAGAUAAAUAUAAGCGUCACUGA